UGUUGCUGGCCUGUGUCCCGAGUGGAGAGUCUAGGGUGCGGAGCGGCGUCGUCCUGGUUGCUGUGGAGCCGGCUCGCGUGGCCGCACGCCCUGUCUGCCUACUGUCAUGGGCAGCGCCGAGAGCGCCGAGGCCCGAAGGGUGUCUUUCGAGAUGGAUGAGGAGGAGCGGGUCCGGGUGCUGCAGGGCAUCCGGCUGUCUGAAAGUGUGGUGAACCGCAUGAAGGAUUCCAGCCAGCCUUCAGCAGGUCCUUGCCCUGUGCCCACAGUUCCUGCACCAACCACUCCUGCACCUACCAGCCCUCCAUCUACCACUUCUGUGCCCUCCAUGCCUGUGCCCAUCGCUCCUCCACCUUCUUCAAGUGACCCCUCAGAAGGCGCCUUUAAAGCCCCUCCGACAGACUCCAAAGUGCCCAGGGCAGAGAGUGGUGGUGGUCAGCAACCCUCAGCAGUGAAAGAGGAUCUCAAGAGGUUCCAACAGGAGCAGGCUGUAGUCCAGGAUGAGCUGGCCAAGGUGGCGAAAAGGGAGAAAGAGGCAGUUGAGAAGCACUUGAAGGCAUCACUGCCUAAGAAGCGGGCCAGCCCCACCCGUGAGCAGCAGAAGUCAGCACUGCUGGCUCCAGGACUCGAGUGGCAUACAUACAUUCCUGGCCGACUGGAAGUUGAUGUCAUCCACAAGGCCAGGGAACUGGAGAAGAGAGAGGCCGAGCUCAACCGCCGUGACACCUUCUACAAGGAGCAGCAGGGGCGCAUCCAGGAGAAGGUAAGGCUCAGGCCUCGUUUCCUCCAGAAUGCCGAGAUAUAUAAACUGUCUAGCCAGCAAUUCCACGAGGCGGCUUCAAAAGCAGAGAGCACAAUAAAGCCCCGCAGGGUGGAGCCUGUAUGUUCCGGCCUACAGGCCCAGAUCCUCCGCUGCUACCGUGACCAUCUGCAUGAGGUACUUCUGUGCUCGGACCUAGUCAAGGAAUACCAGCACUGUGUGAGCACUGCCCGAAAGGGCUGAGGAGCAGCAUCCUUCCUGGAGCCUUGAAGAAAGGACCCAUCAUAGGACCACAGACCCCAGGCCAUGGCCCCUGUACCCUGCAGUUCCCAGCUGGGCACCCAUAUGCCUCUGAGCAUGGGGUCACCAUGCUUGAGAAACAGUAUGUGCUACUGACCAAAAACAAAUAAAGCAGAUGUCUUUGUUUGCAGUCAUUCACUAA